AUGUCCCCCAAGUUCAUAUUCAGCAGGUCAAAACAAAAUGAGGGAAAGACUUCUCCUCUCGAUGCUUCUACGAGGAGACGACAGCAGGUUAGACGUGCGCAAAUAAACCAUCGGCGGAAGAAAGAGAAUUAUAUUUCUGCCCUUGAAGAGGAGGUCAAACGUCUGCGAGAGCUCGUAGCCGAACAGCAGGAACUGGGGCAUCUUCGCGCCGAAAACCAAAUCCUUAAGGGCAUCCUGGAAAAUCAUGGAAUUGUCCACCCAGGGUUCAGCUCUCAACAGAACAUCCAAGCAGCGACACAAGACUUCAUUGAAGUAUCGCUCGUUGGGGUCCCCGGCCGUCAGCCGUAUUUACAGCCAUCAAUGCCUGGCUCUCUUGUCUGGCCGGCUGGAGAUCAGAGUGCUGCUCCCGUCAUCCAAGAUAGCAUGCACAGAUCUGAUCCAGUAAUAUUUGGUAAUCAUCCGCCCGCCACCCUAACUGAACCAGGAGAGACAAAAAACCGCAACAUGAAGCUAGAGGCAUUUGACUUUGUUAUGAAGUUGGAGCAGCCAUGUCUGUCUCAUAUAAAUUUCUCAGAAGGGUCACAUAACAUGGCGGGCCAUGUGCUAACGUUGCAAGCUGCAUCGUUUGCCUAUGCUCCUCCUACAAGCUCUGCUGACACCACAUGGCAGGUGCCCUUUGAAGAACUAGAGCGACUUCUGGAAUUGUCGUCCCAAUUGCCCCUUGAUGGACAAGUCACGCCAAUCCAAGCCUGGAGUAUCCUUAUAAAUCGUCGAUCUUUAUCCGAAGUGACCCAACAGACUCUACAAGAGCUUACAUCAAAGCUUGUGAAGGAGGUUCGGUGCUAUGGGUAA